GAAGCCAUGCUCAUUUCAAAUUAGUGAUUUACGAUCCCAAGAACCAAAUUACGGAAUGAGGAGGGUUCAAAGCUUUACGAUAGAAUUACGUAAUAAAAAGUACGUCGCUAACUUCAGGGAAGAAAAGAUAAUUUGUGGAAUUAAUUUGACAAGUAUAACAAAUAAAACAACCAAAAUAGAGAUGAUCAUUGCAGACAGCGAUGGGGAGACUUUCCCUAUUGACCUUUCCAAUGACAUUGGUAUGAAAUGGUUUGGAACCUGCUAUCGAGCUCAAAAAUUGACUUUAAACGUAGGCGAGAAUCUAAAUGGGAAAAUAUUAACUUUGUAUGAACAAGCAGAGGAUGCGUUGUUAAUGGUAGAUCGUAUCGCUGUUCUAGGAUUUUAUCACAAGGAGGAACCCAAGAAAAGUAAGUGGGAAUUUCUGAACGACUACCCACCGGAAGAAGUGCUGAACAUCAUGAGACCAGUGCUGCAAAAAGCUAGAUCUGCAGGAGAGGUGGCAGUUCAGAACCUCUCGUCAAGUAUCCGUAAGAAAGAGAGUGCAACUGACUUCCGGAAGUCAUCAAAAGGAAUAGGAAUUCUGGGAGGUUGUCUUCUUGGAUUAGUUUUCAUGAUCAUCUUCGUGUCUGAUGUAUUCAUCAUCCAAGCUCACUUGAAAGCCAUGUAUCGGAAUAUAUUUAAUCUGUUUAGACCAUCGCCAAGGGUGCGCGUUAAUACACAAAUUGAUUGAUCAAUUUUCAUUUGGAGAAAUAUCUUUCAAAAUUUUAUUUCUCAGACAAAACGAGGAAUGUACAUAAAUUUUUUUUUAGUGGAAACGUUUUUAUUAAAUUAAUUUUACAAUAUAAUUAAGCAUAACAUGUGAAAGUUAACUAAUAUUUUGAAAUGGUUUACAAUGUAGACCUUUGCGUUAAGAAAACUUUCCAGAGGCUUGCCAGAAGUUAAGUCAUUAAUUGAGUUGAUUGUUUGAGUGAAGGAAGCGAUAUGUUUAAAAAUUAUGUUUGUUUUGUUGCCCUUUGAAUGCAAGAUGGAAAAGGGAUGUGAUUUACAGAACACGAGUUUCUUUCACAUCAAUACAGUUAACUUUCAGAAUGUUUAAAAACUUUGAGGGUUGUAAUCGUAUCAAUUGGUGCGAGAAAUUUCGUUCUUAACAUACUGCAUUAUCAAUCCAGACCAACAUAAGAGGAAUGAUCAAAAAGUUUGCGAUUUAAUUUAAUAACUUCCAUUUAAGAAAUGAUUUAGGGUUAAAUUUAUUUUUUAAGUAGUCCUUUCCGAUUUCAUUGCGAAAAGGGAACCGUUCGGCCAUGUGCGAAUUACGUGAUCUUGGCGAUCACGUGACAUGCUCCGUAGCGUUUUGUCACAGAAGCUUAAAAUUUUUCGACUCAUUUAUCUCUUACCAGGUGCAAGAUAUAUUUUAAAACAGAAAUAUCCCACUUGUAAGAAAUUGCCAAAUCUCGGCAACAGUGUGGGUGGAUAAGGAUAUCCUUUUCUAGAAUGAGCAUGGUGACCAUCAUAAACAUAGUCUUCUGUUUUUGACUAUAGUUUUUUCAAUGUGGUUAAAGUACUGGUGCCUCUAGUUUACCAUAUCUGAUAUCUUUAAAGUCUAAAGUAACGAUAUGUUAGGAAUUCAAUAAUCAUUGUUAAGAUAUUCAAAUUUUUCUAAAUGUAAGUAUGUGAUCUUUCAUUUCAUAUAGCUGAACAAAGGACACAUCUCUUCUCUAGCUUGCUUUCAAUGAGCAACAGAUCAAACAUCAUUUUUAAAACUAUCUCUUCCUUAAUUCAUUCAAACAAUCAAUUCAAUAAAUGACUUAACUUUUGGCAAGUUUUUUGUGCUCAUAAACCAUGUACACAUUAUUAUAUACCACUGCAAAAGGAUUUUCAAGAUAUAUGUUUAAUUUUACAGCCGUUCUUGCUAGAAUACGACUUGAUUAACCAUUUUUAUAACAAGUAAUUUACAUUGACAUAUUUACAUAUUGACGUCAU